GUGGCUUGGAAGAGCGGUGGUUACCUUGAGGUCAAAACAGCUUCUUGAGAGCGCGUCGAGCCACUGUUAUUUGUUUGAUUACCUGCCUACAACACUACCAAUUAGCUUGCGAAGUCCGGGCGGCAAUGGAAGCAUUAAACCAAGUGGUAUCGCAGUACCCUCAACUAAUGUACGGGGGAGUCGGAGCUACAGCCUGCGCUGCCGGAACACUGAUUUACAGAAUUGCAACGAGAAAGAAGCCCACACAUGUUCAGGUGAAUUGCUGGUUCUGCAAUCAAGACACAGAGGUCCCGUAUGGGAACAGAAACUGCUGGGACUGCCCAAACUGUGAGCAGUACAACGGGUUCCAGGAGAAUGGCGACUACAACAAACCCAUUCCAGCCCAGUACCUGGAGCACCUGAACCACGGCAUCUCCGCAGGGGUGUCCCUGCAUGACACCCCCAGGACACAGCAGUGGGUCAACUGCCAGAUGCUGCUUUGCAAGAAGUGCAACAACAACCAGACGCUGAAGAUCAAGCAGCUGGCCUCCUUCAUGCCCAGAGAGGACGAGAAGUAUGACGAGGAAAUAGAAGUGUACAGGCACCACCUGGAGCAGGCCUACAAGCUGUGUCGGCCCUGUCAAACAGCUGCGGAGUAUUACAUCAAGCACCAGAACCGGCAGCUCCGCACUCUGCUCUUCAACCACCAGCUACGCCGCAGCCGAGAUUUCGACAAGGCCUUCAUCAAGAGCUCCUCUCUCUUUUCCACGCCGCUCCGAGUGAUAUUCUUUCGGGUCCUGGCGUUCCUCACCUGUGCCUUUCUGGUCGCGGUUUCUGCCUGUGCGUAUGGAGACCCCUCUCCUGACAGCAGCAGCCCGCGCUCCCAGCGCACCCCUUCGAACUCCGCUCCCUCAAAUGGCAGCAACAGCACCGGCGCGGCCCGCGGGAACGGCACCAGCGCCGGGCUGCCGUGGGACGAUCUGCUGGGUCUGCUGCCAGAAGGGAUCCUGGAGAGAGUGGAGCAGGCCUGGCGCUAUGGCGACAGCCACCGGACGGCCGUGGCCUCUGCGGGAUUGAUCAUCUGCAUCACUGGCGUCUUCCUGGCUGGACCAAUCAGGUUGAGGCGCAUCGAUGCCGUAGCCUCUAUCCUGUGGUUCCUGGUCGUGGCCCUCUACCUGGUGGAGAGCUACCUGAAGGCCGACGUCCCUGGAUGGCUAGACGUGGUCAGGUUCGGUGCUACCUCCCUUUGUUGCCUGGUGGGUUUCGCUGCUGCUGUGGCAACACGAAGGUCUACGAGCCAGAGAAGAACCAGAGGUCGAAGGUACCUGUCGGGCAGCUCCCUGGGGUCGGUCAGCGGACAGGCUCCCCCUCUGUCUACCUACCUGUCCAGUUCCUCCACCUUCGUCCCCACCCCGCCCCCGAACCUCUCGCACCUCAUCAGCCGGCAGCUGAACCACCGAGCCCGCAAGGCUUCCCCCUCCUCCCUGCCAGGCCGCCUAAACCGGGCACUGUCCCUGGGCACCAUGCCCUCUCUGGCCCGCACUGAUUCCGGCUACUUGUUCAGCGGAAGCCGGCCCUCCUCCCAGUGUAAAGACUCCCCGCCAUCAGACUAUUUUUCCCUGAAGUCCGGCAGCCGCCCCUCGUCGCCCGGCCCCUCCCCGACGCCCUCGGUCGCAGGUUCGGUGACGUCAACCUCCAGUUCGGCACGGCAGCGCCGGCCCCUCAUAAGCCCCGCCCGGCUGAAGCUGGGUGGCCAGAAACUGCAGCUCUUCUCUCCUCACCAGGAGCCCGCCCCGCUGGCUCCGCCCCCCUGCCCGUCGGAGCACAGCCACUUCCCCGGCGGAAUGUUCAUCCCGGAGGUCUCCCCUUUCCCGGCCCACACCCGUGGUAUGCGCAGAGAGGAGGGAGACUUCGGUUCCCUGCUGGACGAUGGCAGCGUGUUUGAGGAUGUGGAGGAGAAGAUGAGGGGCAGCACAUCCACAUCAUCUGCCUGCCUGGUGGACACGACCACCGGGGGAGGAACGGACAAACCCAAAUGGAAGGGUCUGCUGGGUCGCUCUCUUUGGCCUGCUCUCCUGUGCAUUAGUCUCGUGACCAACCUGGUCUUCGCGUCGCUGUACCUGUACAACACCUGGAGAUGAGCUGCCGAUGCAGAGGCUGUUUCUCCAUUUAACUGGCUCCCAGCGGGCCUCUGCUCACAUGUGACAGCACUAUAGGACAUGUGUCUCUGAUCACUAGCUCACUGGACCUACACCCAAUGUCUGUCUGAAGC